AUGGAGCGCAACGAAGAAGAUUGGUCGAUAGACUGCUCUGACGACGAAAAGUACGAAAUGGAUGGAAAAGUGAGUAAAAGAUGAAGGAAAUACUUACCAAUAGAGUUUUGUUUAUUCAGUUCGUUCAGCUUUCUUCCUUUUAUUCUUGCAUUCGUUUAGAACGAAUGGACUCUGAAACCUAACGACAUAUUAACAUUGACCGAAGCCCUCGAAGCUAAUAACAGAACUUUGGAAUUGGAAUGGAAGUGUCCAGGUAGAAGAGGUCCGUCUCCUGUUCCCACAAACAUUCGACAACAAGAUAAUGGCUCGCAGGAGUACAAGACAGAAGAAAAGUCAGACUUUGAUUUCAUGGAUGAGAUGUCGUCGCCGAGAUUACCAGUUCGUAGAACUGGAGAAAGUACUCCGAAAGGAAGCGCUAAGAAAAAAACUGCAAGUUUCAACGGUGUACUGUCCACCAUGUUGCGACAUCGUAGAUUGGAACAACAGGAAAUUAAUUCAAGUCCAAAAAAGAUUGAAUCGCCUGUAUCAAAGACACAGCCGACUUAA